AUGUCAGUGAAGAUAAAGACAAAGGAACAAGUGACUGAAUUAAUUAAUCAAUAUGAUUAUUUCUUAUUUGAUUGUGAUGGAGUAUUAUGGUUAGGAGAUCAUUUACUUCCUCAUGUUCCAGAAACAUUAGAUUUAUUAAAACAAGCAGGAAAAACCGUGAUAUUUGUUACUAAUAAUUCUACUAAAUCUCGUGAUGAUUAUUUACAUAAAUUUGAAAAAUUAGGAAUUAAAGGAAUUACAAAAGAUGAAGUAUUUGGUUCAUCAUAUGCUUCAGCAGUUUAUAUUGAUAAGAUAUUAAAAUUACCUAAAAAUAAGAAGAUUUGGGUAUUAGGAGAAGAAGGGAUUGAAAAGGAAUUGAAUGAAUUAGGUUAUGUUACAAUUGGAGCUAAUGAUCCUUUAUUAAUUGAAGAUGGUGUUAAAUUUAAUCCUGAUCAUCCAUAUCUUGUUGAAUUAGAUGAUGAAGUUGGUUGUGUAUUAUGUGGUUUAACAUUAAAUUUAAAUUAUUUAAAAUUAUCAAUUACUAUGCAAUAUUUAUUAAAAGAUAAUAAAUCAAUACCAUUUAUUGCCACUAAUAUUGAUUCAACAUUUCCAUCAAAGGGGAAAUUAUUAAUUGGAGCUGGUUCAAUCAUUGAUACUGUUUCAUAUGCUAGUGGACGUAAACCUGAUGCUAUAUGUGGUAAACCUAAUCAAUCAAUGAUGAAUUCAAUUAAGGCUGAUAAUCCUGGAUUAUUAAACAAUCCAAAGAGAGGUCUUAUGAUUGGUGAUCGUUUAAAUACUGAUAUGAAGUUUGGUAGAGAUGGUGGAUUAGAUACUUUAUUAGUAUUAACGGGUAUUGAGACAGAAGAUAUGGUGUUAUCUUUAGAUAAAGAUGUAUCUCCAACUUAUUAUAUGAAUAAAUUGGGUGAUUUAUAUGAAUUAUAA